AUGCUCGGAAAACUCGUUCAUUAUGCAGCCGACGCCAUCCUGAUCUCAGCCGUCUUGGCUGGCAUCAAACGAAGCACCGGAUUGACUGUUGCAAGCAACAAAAUUGAGAGCAAGGACGUUCGGUCGGCAUUGGAUCAAUACCUUGGUAUUGGCGAGUGGGUAGUAGACCAGGGUAUCAUGUUCAUGUCCAACUCCAAGUACUUCUACAGAAAGAGUAUGGACAGCGAUGAUCAACACGACAACUACAACAGCGACUUGAAUGAGCUACAAUCGACUCAGGAACGCCGCAGGUUGCUGGAAGCAUACCAGGCAGAGCAAGGAGGCUUUGCAGAAUGGUGGCGCAAAUCAACAGCAACCAGCCCCAAGCACCAAGAGUAUUAUACAGCAUUACAACGCCCUUUCAAAAACCAGCAAACCUGCCAGUACUCUUUUAGGACGGAUACCUUUGGAACCAAGAGUAUCAGGCAGGACCGCGCCACGAUCGUUAGCUCGGCAAAGAAGCAAGAAGAGAUUUAUUUGUCGCAAGCACGGCUCAUGCAGUGGUAUCUCAUGACCAAGAGAGCCGACGAGCACUUUUCAGCCCAAGAAAAGUCAGCGGAGGCACAGUUUGAGCUUGUGGGAAGGUCCCUCCUGGAGAAACAAACCAAGCUGCAGGAUCUUCAAAAGAGGUUUGAGGUUGAACAGAAUCUGGUUAAGCUAGAAUCAACUCUGGGUUGCCAGAGGGACCAGCUCCUUUCUAUCAUUGAUGGACUGGACACAUUCAAAGCGGACUACGAGGAGUUCACAGCAGCACUGGAUCGCGAGGCAAGGGUGCUGAGUAUACCCGGAAUCGAUGACUCCAACCUCAACCAAUGGCUCGGACAGAUCAAGGACUGCCAAAGUGUUCUGGAACUAUCCUCACGGAGAUCAGGCAAAGACUGCGAACUUGUCCAGGCGAUUGCACAGGUGAUGCAGGAGCUCUGUUGUACUGUCAAGGAGGAGAUACAGGAGAUGAGGCAAUGCGCUGCUCUGGUGGCCGAACUUCGGGAAGCAGAGACAAUCGAGGCGAGUCUCCUUGCUUCCAGCUUGCGCUCGAAUUAA